GUCGCGUGCCUAAUUACCGCUUCCGGGUUUCUACUUACACGGUAAGAUGUAUAUACUGUUGAUCUUCCCCCAAGAAUGCGCACCCCUUUCUUCUUGAUCUAAUGUUCCUUGGCGACCCAACACCCAUACCUUCAGGACGAGUUGAAGGGCAUUUGCUCAUCGACAUUCGCGAUCCCCAGUCGUCGAAGCACGAUCUCUCCUCCCAUCAUCGAUCGACUAUACUACGGUGUUAGUCCCUGGUGGAACCACGUGUAGUAAAGUAUCAAUCGAGCCAAGAACACCAAGAGGACGCGAGACCGGCUUACUUGUCUCGACGACAGUUCCAUUCGUUUCUUUUCUUUUAGUUUAACCACCUACACACAAUGUCUUACACGUUUCCCAAGACUAUCAGCGCAGUGCGCGUUGCGACCUUCGUCAGCACUGCCGCUUGGAUUCAGGGUACUAGCGCCAGCGAGGUCUCGUUGCCAGAGGAAGCACUUAAUAACUUCCUCCGAAGACAUAGAGUUAUAAAUACUUCGAGGAGACAGGCGCCCCCACCCGAGGAGGAGGAAGAGGAGGAGAAAGAAGACAAAGAAGAAGAGGAGAGCGAAGAGUCGUCGGAUAGCGAAACGUCUAGCGGAUCAGUGGGAUCUAGCGAUUCUAAGGAGGAAAAGGAGAAAGAGGAGGAGGAGAAGGAGGAUGAUGAUACCCCCAGCAAAUCAAACCCAGCUCAAGCCGGCAUCGCCCUCGGCGCCGCGGGACCAUCAGCAAUCGGGACCACCGAGCCUCCGGGGAGUCUAAGCAUAGGAGCCAGGGUGGCCAUCGGCGUCUGGUCAGCAGUAGGCGUACUCGCCAUAUUCGGCCUAGUAUUUUUCUUCUGUCGACGGCGGCGGAGAGCUCGGAUGGCGCAGGAAGAAAUGAACGCAUUACGGGACGAGGAACUCGCAAGAGCCCACCAAGAAUACAUGGCCCAAGUAAGCAUGCCACUACCACCGCCGCCGCCGCCGCCUCCAGCACCCCCGAUCAUGCAACCAGCACAUCUGAGAAGCGAAAGCGACGCCGGUAUUGCCCGCCCGCCAAGCGGAGAAUGGAUGGCGACGCCGCCGUGGCAGGAAGAUCCGCCGACGUGGCGAGACUCGCAUCCGUGGAGACAGUCUCAGCCCUCCGUCGCCGGCGGCGCUCUCGCAGGGGCUCCUAGGCCGCUCUUCGCGCCGCCGGAUGCGAAGCUGCAGUAAGACAGAUGCACCGAGGUUAAAAGCGAAGCAGAGAGCACAAUAUUCGCGUAUCGGUAGGGACGAUUCCGAGAGAGUCGUUUUCUCUGAAAGUCGCCAGGACUGCGCAUAUUUUUACCUUCUCGAGCGCUACUUCUUGUACUUAUAUUUGUGUCGUGGACUGAGUCCACAGGUUAGUUCGUUGCGCCCAAAUAGUUCGGUACUAAUAUCAUUUAUUCUCUCAUACGGUCUACGUGUGUUGACUUUGGAUGUUGUUGGUUUGAACAUGAGCU